AUGGACCUUAAAUGUUCCGCAACUAGCAAAUCUUAUCCAGCUGGCCACUUACUCAUACUUCUAGAUUUUCACCGGUUUUCAGAUUCUCUACUGCAUGUACUCUACUUGAUCGGGCCGAAACAUGAUGAAAGGGGGAAUUUCCCCUUCGAUAUUGACAAAUGUGCUCGUCCAAAUAUCCUGUCUUUGCAGCCAUACCGAUGUGCGAGGGAUGACUACAAAGACGAUGGGACAAACGUGCUACUCGAUGCCAACGAAAACGCUUAUGGCCCGGGGUUGGAGCUGAGUCGCCCCAAUGAUCUGCCCAAGGGCGAGAUAAAGGCGCACGCGGCCAACCAUCCAAGCGAUAUUGAUUUCUUGGGUCUGAACAGGUAUCCAGAUCCCCACCAAUCCGAAUUGAAACAAGCAUUGUGCAGCCUCCGCAAUACUCAUCACCACACCAAUCGUAGCUUGAAGCCCGAAAACCUCUUUGUUGGACUAGGCUCAGAUGAAGCCAUUGAUGCUCUUUUGAGAUGCUUCUGUACACCAGGAACAGACAAGAUUCUUACAUGUCCACCCACGUAUGGCAUGUACGCGGUGAGUGCUCAAGUCAACGACCUUUCAGUCGUCAAGGUCCCCCUAGACACGGAGAAAGGUUUCGAUCUCCGCCCAAGCGCCAUCAACGAAGCUCUCUCAAAAGACCCAGCAAUCAAGCUUGCUUAUUUCUGCUCUCCCGGCAAUCCUACCGGAAAGUUAAUCUCAAAAGUAGAUCUUCAGCAAGUUCUUGAGCAUCCGAGUUGGAACGGAGUUGUUGUGCUCGAUGAAGCCUACGUUGAUUUCUCGCCAGAGGGGUCAAGCUUGGCCGAAUGGGUUCUAGAGUGGCCGAAUCUGGUUGUUAUGCAAACAUUGAGCAAAGCUUUUGGCUUAGCCGGGAUACGUCUCGGGGCUGCCUUCACCUCGCCACCUAUUGCAAGAUUACUCAACAACAUGAAGGCGCCGUACAACGUCUCGAGUCCAACAAGUGCCCUAGCUUCUGCCGCGCUUAAGCCUCACAGUCUUGCGGUGAUGAAAAGCAACAAAGAGAAAAUAUUGCAACAGAGAGAUAGAAUGAUAAAGAAACUUCCACGGAUACCCGGUGUUGGCCAAUUUUUGGGAGGGUUUGAUGCGAAUUUUCUCCUUGUGGAGAUCCUAGAUCGACCGCGGGAUCAGGGAGGGCAAGCAAGUAAUGAGGCUGCUUUGGCACUCUAUGAGAAGCUGGCAGAAACGAAAGGUGUAGUGGUUAGAUUUCGAGGGAAAGAAAGUGGCUGUGUAGGGUGUCUUAGAAUCACGGUAGGAACGGAGCAUGAAGUAGAUAGACUAUUGGAACAAAUGAGAUUGGCGAUCGAGGGCAUGUUUGAGGCCAACGGAGAAUCUAAGAAAGCGGAGGAGGAUGCUGCAGAAGCCAAAGCGAAUGAUAUCAUCGCAUAG